AUGUCUUGCUCGUUCACUAUACAUUCUACCCAACCUAUAUCCAUCACAAUACGAAGUGGGAACCUCCCAAAUGCUAUGUCAACAGACAAAAAAGUGGGAGCAGUGAACUGCAAAGUUACAGUGGAAGUACGAGGCUCUAACCCUGGAGGACCCAUUACUAUCACGCUAUUUGAUGACUAUUCGAAUCCUGGACCCGAGGCAACUCCAUCUAACCCCCGAGUUGAAACCUCAGAUACGACACUAGUUGAGCCUACUGUGCACCAGCUCUUGUUUCAGCAUCGUAAACGUCUUCCAACUGGCGAAAUUGUGCCCGAGGAUUAUAGUGAAAAUACAGUCCAUGAGAAGAAAGCGGACAUGAAUGUAAUUGACAUUGGCUGUGACGAGAAUAGAGUUGUAGAGUCAUCUCUCUCCCCAAGGUCUAAGGAAAUGGGAAAGGAGAUUCAAAUAGAAGCGUCAAGUCCUUCACUGUCGACGCCUCUCAAAGAUUCUACACAUAGCAACAUUCUGAAACGAAAAUGGUCUUCUGACAUUCACACCGAGCCCGAAACGGUCUAA